CCCGGCCCUCGGCCCCCGUCCUCGCUCGUCUCCUCCGCCUGUCCUCGCCUUGCCCGGCAUGGAUCUGCCCGUGGGCCCCGGCGCGCCGGGGCCCAGCAACGUCCCGGCCUUCCUGACCAAGCUGUGGACUCUCGUGAGCGACCCGGACACCGACGCGCUCAUCGGCUGGAGCCCGGGUGGGAACAGCUUCCACGUGUCUGACCAGGGUCAGUUUGCCAAGGAGGUGCUGCCCAAGUACUUCAAGCACAACAACAUGGCCAGCUUCGUGCGGCAGCUCAACAUGUAUGGCUUCCGGAAGGUGGUCCACAUCGAGCAGGGUGGCCUGGUCAAGCCUGAGAGGGAUGACACUGAGUUCCAGCACCCGAGCUUCCUGCGUGGCCAGGAGCAGCUACUUGAGAACAUCAAGAGGAAAGUGACCAGCGUGUCCACCCUGAAGAAUGAGGACAUAAAGAUCCAUCAGGACAGUGUCACCAAGCUGCUGACCGACGUGCAGCUGAUGAAGGGGAAGCAGGAGAGCAUGGACUCCAAGCUGCUGGCCAUGAAGCAUGAGAACGAGGCCCUGUGGCGGGAGGUGGCCAGCCUGCGGCAGAAGCAUGCCCAGCAGCAGAAGGUCGUCAACAAGCUCAUCCAGUUCCUCAUCUCGCUGGUGCAGUCAAACCGGAUCCUGGGGGUGAAGAGGAAGAUCCCUCUGAUGCUCAAUGACAGCAGCUCGGCACAUUCCAUGCCCAAGUACAGCCGCCAGUACUCCCUGGAGCACAUCCACGGGCCGGUCCCCUACUCGGCUCCGUCCCCGGCCUAUGGUGGCUCCAGCCUGUACUCCCCAGAUGCCGUCGCCAACUCUGGUCCUAUCAUCUCCGACAUCACUGAGCUGGCUCCCAGCAGCCCCUUAGCCUCCCCUGGUGGUAUCCUAGACGAGAGGCCCCUGUCAAGCAGCCCCCUGGUGCGAGUCAAGGAGGAGCCUCCCAGCCCCCCUCGGAGCCCCCAGGUGGAGGAGGCCAGUCCUGGGCACCCGUCCUCCGUCGUGGAGAUUCCCCUCUCCCCAACUGCCCUCAUUGACUCCAUCCUGCGAGAGAGCGAACCUGCCCCUGCAGCCUCUGUCACGGCGCUCCCGGGUGCGGGUGCCCUGCCCGCCUCACCCCCGCCUGCCCCAGCCCCCGAGAAGUGCCUCAGCGUAGCCUGCCUGGACAAUUUGGCCCGCACUCCACAGAUGCCUGGGGUCACCCGCCUCUUCCCCUGUCCCUCCUCCUCUCUGCAUGGCCGAGUCCAGCCAGGGACUGAGCUCAGUGACCACUUGGACGCCAUGGACUCCAACCUGGACAACCUGCAGACCAUGCUGACGAACCAUGGCUUCAGUGUGGACACCAGUGCCCUGCUGGAUCUGUUCAGCCCCUCGGUGACAGUGCCUGACAUGAGCCUGCCCGACCUUGACAGCAGCCUGGCCAGUAUCCAGGAGCUCCUCUCCCCCCAGGAGCCCCCCAGGCCCCUUGAGGCAGAGAGCAGCAGCCCCGACUCAGGGAAGCAGCUGGUGCAGUACACGGCGCAGCCCCUCUUCCUGCUGGACCCGGGCUCCGUGGACGUGGGGAGCAGCGACCUGCCCGUGCUCUUCGAGCUGGGGGAGGGCCCCUACUUCUCUGAGGGGGAAGACUACACAGAUGACCCCGCCAUCUCCCUACUGACGGGCUCUGAGCCCCCCAGAUCCAAAGACCCCACUGUCUCCUAGGGGCUGGCCAGCAGUGAGGCCCCAGCCCUGUGUGCCAUGGCUUGCCUUGGGGCUUCCCAGCCACGCCUGGACUGACUGGCACAGCAGGCAUCCAGAGUUGUUAUUUUGGAUUUUUACAUGAAAGUUCCCCUUUCCCCCUCCCAUAGAGAUACACAGAUAUGGACAGAUGGACAAAUGACACAGGCAGAGGUCUAUAAAUGGCAGGCUCUA